UUUCCCCAUAUAGGUGAAUUUCUGUAGAAUCUACCAAACCAUAAGAAUGACAUUUCUACACAUUGCCUUCUUCUUGUGGAUUCUCUGUGGGGUUUCUGCUCAUAACUCUUGUGAGAAAUAUCGGAAUGUUGCCCUUCAAGGUCGAGCAACUCAGUCCUCAAUUUUAAACUUGGUAGAAUUUGGCUUCCAGUCAGCAGCAAUAAAUGCAAUUGAUGGCAACCUGGACCCUCUGUUUCACCACGGUUCCUGCUCACAUUCACACAAUGAAUUGUCUCCCUGGUGGAGGGUGGACUUGCUGAGACCGUACAAAAUUGCCUACAUCACCAUCACUAAUAGACGUGGAUGGAGUGAAAGACUGAACGGUGCUGAAAUUCUUGUUGGAAACUCUCUGAGCGACAAUGGUAACAAUAAUCCCAGGUGUGGAGUGGUUACAUCUAUCCCAGAUGGAGGAACACAAAACUUCCAAUGUCAUGGCAUGGUUGGCAGAUACGUCAAUAUAAUUAUACGUGGAAAAGCAGAAUUUCUGCAAUUAUGUGAAGUUCAAGUCUGGACUGGUAGCAAGCAUUGA